AUAAGUAGUAGUGGCAGUAGUAGUAGCGGUAGACGUAGUAGGAGGGGUAGUAAUAGCAGUAAUAAUAGUAGUAGCAGCAUUAGUCGUAGUCGUAGUAGUAGUAGGUGUUGUUAUAGUUGUUGGUCCGCUGCCAGUCAUCGUCUCCCCCACGCGCCUCUGUCCCGCCGGAAGAGCUCGUCACAGUGCGGGUUGCUCGCUCACCGCGUCCUCGGCCCGGGGGUAGGGUGGGGGUGAGGUUACCGCGGCCCGGGCUGGGGUGGGAUGGCCGGUUCUGACUCUGCGAUGCUGAUAUACAGGAGAAAAUGAGAGUCGAUGGAUGAGUACCAAUUCUUUGUACUCAGUGUGCAUGGAGACACAGCGAGACACAGACGUAAGUGGAGGGAGGAACAGGAGUGAAGGAUGGAGGAGAAGGGAGAGUUACUAGGUGCGCCUGGCCAUAGCAUUAGUAGGCACGGUGAUGAGGCAGCACCACGAAUCGUAUGGAAGCUGGAGCACCGCACAUUUGUAACCUACCCGCACGGCCGGCCUGCCCUGCCUCCCCGACCGCACGGCCUCCCUCGCCGCGCACUCGCCGCGCAGCCACGGUUCGGGAAGCACCACUCACGUCACCUCACGCUGCUCAAGUUCCUUUUCCGUCCCUCGCUGCCACGCCUGUGUCACACCGUCAGGGGCGCUGCUCAGCCCUGUCGUUGAGGCGUGCAGGAGACGUGGGGCCGUGAGGGAUGCUGCGCAGAGUGACAUCGCGUGCAGGAGACUGAUUUCUCGGCACCUCAGGAAAAUAAUCUCAACUAUUUUCCGUGAGGACAAUAAAUCUCCGUAGCAGUGCAGCGUUUUCCUGUACCUGCGCCGAGAUCUGACACCUGGGCGAGACACAACGGCACGCCUGGGUGACGCUGCCGUGCGAGGAGAGGUGACAAGCGAGGAGGAGAGGAGCAAGUGUUGUGAGCCACGGUGGAGGCUGCUAGUGAGCGACCCUCGUUCCCACCAGGCGAAUGAGGACAUCCUAUGGCAGGAGCCUCAAAGUCCGACUCUGCCACCCCCGCACGGAGCCCGCCUUACUCUGCUCCUCCACCCCGAAAAAGAUCGCACUAGAGGUGAAUGGGGACCCGCACUGCCUUGGUGGAAAGAGAAUAGGAAAGAUCUCCACGCAUUCUAGUCGGUGUUAGUGUGAACAGCUGCGUUGCGUAAGAGACCGAGAAAAACGCGAGAGACCUUGACAGCCCCGCCUGAGGACAAGAGGUAAACGUUUAUUGGGAGUGAGGAGCCGCCGAGUGUGACAGCCGCGAUGGGGGAGUGUCGGGGCGCAGACGCGGGCGGGGAGUGGGGCAAGACGGUGAUGGGCCUCCUGGCGGUGCUGGACUCCAUUCUGUCCAUCUUCGUGUUCUCGCCGCUGGUGGUUGGGUACUGGCGCGGGUGCUGGCAGCUCAUGGACGUCUUUCUCUUCCCGGAUAAUCAACUCUACUCUGUUCUCACCUCCCUCGCGAUCGGCCUUCUGUCGGGGCUCCUCUUCUGUCUGAUCCAAGGGCCGCUGAACUCCCUCUGCGACCACAACAAACGGCCGAUCAUCCAUCUCCUCAUAUCGCGCCUCUACACCCUCGUCUACAGCGUCUGCGUCGUCAACCACUGGCGGGGUGUCUGGAGCGGGUGGGACCUGUUCACAGGCACCUCUUGGCAGUCAGGCGCCACCUCGCUCGGCAUUGGCCUCCUGACGUUGGCACUGACGCGAGGCCUCAAGAACAUCCUGGCCCCGCCCUUCCUCGUCGUCCCAGAUCACCCGACGGGGUACUUCGACGUCCCUACUCUCUUUAAAGCCGAGAAGGAGCGGUACGGGUACUUUCUGCUGGACACGGUCUUCACGGUGGUGGUGACAGGCUCCCUCGUCGUGUUCGUAUGGCGAGGCUCCUGGGUCUUCCUCGACGCCAUACUUUUCCCCGCCAAGCCUGUCUACUCCGCCUGGGGAUCCAUGGUGGUGGGCAUGACGGUGACGAUGCUGACGUUCCUGGCGCAGCUGAUGAUCGUGCCGUGCUUCCGCCACAUCCGCAAGGGCGUGGCCAAGACGCUGCUGGAGGACGUCUACCACACCAUCUGCUUCGUGGGCGACGUGAACGUGUGGCGCGGCGUGUGGAACCUCCUCAACAUCUACCUCGUCCCAGAUCUGCCGGUGGUGAGCAACUUCCUGACGGCGGUGACGGGCCAGAUCGUGCUCAUGUGCUUCUACACCGCCAACUCCAUCCUCGUGCGCGGCGCCGUGAUGGACGGGGCGGGCGAGGGGAACAAGGGCGUCGUCUUCCCCACACACUACCUCAGAUUCUUCUACAAGAAGAAAAAGCUGGAGGAGGAGGAGCGGGCCAACAUGUGGCUGCGCGGCGAGAGCGGCCGCUCCACCUUGACCAUCAGCGCACCGCUUGAGGCGACGCUGGCCAGCAAGGCGAACGGCGUGUACGACGUGCGCGGCUACGGGGACGGCCACAGCUUCAGCGGCGGCUACACCGACGCCUACGGCAACCCGCUGGUGGGGGAGGAGGGGCGCGGCGCCCCCGCCAACACCACCUUCCAGGGCACGGACGCCGGGGGGGAGCGCACACUCCCCGCCUCCCCCGCCGCCGCCGCCGCCGGGAGGACUUCCCACAACGAGGACCAAACGGAAACUCACUUUUAGACUGUUGGUUGACGCGCUGAAGGUUUGCAUUAUUCCCGGGGAAGUAUUUACUACUUUCUCUCAGUCUCAUCUGUGUGAAUGAAGAUAAACAUUAUUGUAAUUAUAUUUUUCUUUUGUCGCGAGGCAAAGCUUAAUAUUACUGAUGUAAUAUGAAAUCAAUAUUUAUUGAAAAAUGUAACACUUGAAACUUAAUCGUAAAGUAUGUUCUGUGUGCGGGUGAGCGUGGCGGACCAGCCGCGCCCUUGUCUCAGUAUUACGAAGCCGGCCUGGCGGGGCCACGGCGCAUCCCGCCGGAGGGCGUCGGGACCAUGCUGCGCCGCUAGGGGCUGAGCCGCGAGGCCUGGGAGGUCUGAGGCCCGACCUCCGGGGCAGGGUGACACACGGGGACAGGCGGGGCAGCAGCAGGCCGCGAGUCUCCCGGCGCCGGGGCGGGCGUGUGCUGCGUGUCACGGCACUCAGGGUGUGUGGAGGCGUGUGAUGUCUUGUGACGUCGUGACGAGGCGUGCGAUAGUUUAAGAGGCGUGUGGAGGCGUGUAACAGUGAUUUAUAAUGAUGCGUGGGGCCCCGUGGUGGCGUGUACCAAAGAGCCGAGUCGUGUGCCUGGUGGUGUGUGAGUGCGUGCGUUGGUGUGUGGAUGGGGGGUGUGGAGCGUAUUAAGGCGCGCCGGGGCAGGCUCUUCAGCGUCGUGGGCAGCACGGGGUCGCGCGGCUCACCUCACUGGUGCCGACUCCAACGCGCAGAAAGAUAAAUACUUAUGAAGUGCCAAACCGUGUUGUCAGUUACCAAUAGGCUUUCUGCGUGAUCGUAAGGGCAAUACAUAGACACAGAGUGGGUAAGAUCAAGAGAGAACAAAGGAUAAUUCUAGUAAAAGCUUUGGCCAUGAGGUAGCGCGUGGUUGGCGGCGCCCUUUGGGGUGUGCUGGUCGGGGCGGCGGGGGCGUGCUGUGUGGAGGGAUGUCGGGGCUCCGCCGGUAAAGACUCAGGUCAGCCUUUCACGUAUAGGGAUUAUUCAAGAAUUAUCUAGGGGUUAUUCAGGGUCAUUGUUUGGGGUCCAUCGUAAGCAGUGCAUAACUGUGGGUGUCUUUGUUGGCGCUUUUGUUGUGAUAAAGGCUAAUGAUGAUAUAGUGUGGCGGUAGUCUGUCUGUCUGCUCUUUGCCACGCGUCCUGUUUCCUGGUGCGUCAGACAGCGAUAACUUGACACGGCCAUAAGGCUGCGUGUGUGACCCGGCACACCGAUGUCGUCUGUUAGAUUCCCCUUGUUAGUGACACGUUACAUUCACUUGAAUUUCUCCAACUUUGAGGCAAACUGAGACGUUAAUAUGAUCCACGUAUUAUUAUCAAGUCUGAGAAGCAGCUAACGAGGGUAGAAAAAUACUUCCUUCCACCAACACACGCCGCCGGUCGUCGGGUACAGCGCCUAAUGAAACAGUAUCCUCCUUUAAUGUGCCUUGCUUCCCAUCAUGUAUAAAUGAACACAAAAUACCGAUGAACUUCAUGGAAAGAAACCGUAUCCUCCGCCACGCGCUGCCACUCGAGAAGCAGAAAAGAAGGUAAAGUAGUUGGUAAUGUCUCGUGAAAGGUAUGCGAGUAAAAACAAGUUAUCAGUUUAUAUUUACGGUGAUCGAUACGCCCCGAGGACUAUGCUGAUAACGUGAAAACUGACGCACACCGUUCAACUUAGGCUUAAGAAGGCAAAGGGAGUAAGGAAACAGUGACGGAUGGACGGGAUGCUUCUGGGGCGUGUUUUGCCUUAUCGUCUUCGUGUCGUCACGGGCUGGGCGGAGCGGCGGCGCGGCGUCACAAAGCUCUGCACCAACACCAAAGAUUAACUUGUACUAUAGUCUCGUCUCGUUGUCCAGUCUGUUCAUUGUUCUAUUGUGACUCGCGCCGCCGCCACCGUUGUUCUUUGCUAAUGUCUUCCAUGUCAGUGUCUUCCAUGUGCCAAACUCCUCCCGCCUUCCUGUGUGUCGCGUGUGGUGGGGACGCUUACAGGAAACAUGGCGCCCCAGGUGGAGAAUUAGCAAUUCCAUUUCUUUAGCACCGACUGUUGCUGUCUUUGCCAAAUAAUUAUUGUUCUUGAGGAAACCGUGACGAAGGUUCUGCUCACUGUUAGUCACGAAGGCUUUGGGCCUUCAAAUCACGCGGUGCCAAGUAGUAGUUAGUCAGCCCCCAAGGCCAAGAGUCGCAGCUGGGUGAGGCGGCGGCGGCGGCGAGCUGCUGUGUAGCGUUGGCAGCGCCCCUCAGGCGGCGGCGGUGACCGCCAGCCUCACCUGAUGACCACGGCGAAGGAGUAGUCAUUGUUAUGUCGGGUCUUAUCUUUUGGAACCUCUAAGUUGGUGCGGUGGUCGGGCGAGGCGAGGGGCUAUCCACUGUCCUCACAACCCCGCCUCUGUACACAGUGGCGCAGAGUCAGACAGCCGAGAGGGGUCAGCCAUAUAGUGUAUAUAUGCAAUGAUACGUAUUUAUACUUAGUUCGUCGACGGCCCUGCCUCAGGAGGUCUCGUCCACGUCGACGGGGACGCCCGUGGCGUGCCGCGGGGCGUGAUCGGAGAGGCUCCGCGCGGCUCCGACGCGGUCACAGUGCCAAGGGAAGGUCCUCGGCGGGCAGGUGACGCAUUAGCCGCAGCUACGCAGCUGGGACGUUACCGCCAGCGUGUUGGUAGCGGCGCAAAGCUAUGUUGGUGAGUCUCAUCGUACGCAUAAUGAUACAAUGAUAAUGACGAUACGUCACUGGGACGUCGUGUUGACGCAUGCACCAACACGGUGGGGAUCGAACCUGUGACGCGAGGGUGUGGCCGAUGAAUCACCGUGCCGCCGAGCUCCUCCAAACGCAGCAAUCUUUUCUACGUUUUAGUCGAAAACUCGCGGCGGAGCAGCGGCGAGGGAGGCGCGCGAGGGAUUGUUGCGGCUUUUUUAAGGAACAGAACACUGCAGGUCGUUUGUCUUGCCACAGUAAAACUAAAUACUCGUUUUAGAGACGAAAUACUUUUAAACCUCAUGAAAACGAUAGGAAAUUAUGCAAAAAGUCUGGGAACAAUAAAUUCCCUGUUGAGCCGCAGAGAGGGAGAGGGAGGGAGAAGAAGCGAAGGAGAGGGACGGUACUGGAAUGGGAGGGGAGGUAGAGGACUGGAGGAGGUGGAGGGUGAGAGAGGGGGUUAGGAGGGAAAGUGGAAGGAUAUGGGGAUGGGGGGAGAGAGAGUAAGGGGGUGGAAGGUGAGGUGGAGGGGAGGGAGGGAGAGGGAGAGAGAGAGACAGAUGUAGCGUCAGGCGAGACAAACGACCGUCCUCUCCUCCCCUCGCUGUUUAGCUCUUUGUUACGCGGCUCGAGGCUCUUCACUCACUCCCUUUUAUAUUUUUCUUAUUUUAUUUUCAUUUUUAUUCCCCAUAUCGUCACCUUGGUAAACAAACCGCCUUAGUCAUUAUUUUCUACUUUACAGGAAAUCAGAAAAGAACUGUCAUUAUCUCAUUCGGCUUAAGGUUUAGGCAGAAAUGAAAAGGGCAAUUCUAGAACACUCAAACCCUGAAUGUCGAAGGCAACUCUACAGAAAUGGGCGUCACGUGUUGAAAAAUUGAUGUAGAAAAAACCUGGAAAUCGCUGAAAAAUGACUUAGGCGAAUAUUUUAUGAGGGUGACGAUAUUUGACUUGGUCCUUCCCGGUGCGACACAGACCAAUUGCCUUUCAUUUCUUUUUAUUCAGAUUUCAUUGUUUACUUAUUUAUUUUCUUAUUUUGUUCUCCGUUGUGUGAUAUUUAUCGAAAAAAAACCGUCUAUAUCCGGAAAAGACUAAAAACGGGAUUACGUGGUCUUAGAAUAAGUAAAAAAACUAAAAACACAAGAAAAUAAAAAGAUAUGGCCAUGAGUCCUCACCAUCUCCACUUCUGUUCUUCCUUCUUCCUCUACCUCCUGGUCCACAAUCCUCAACAUCCUCCUUCACCCUCACGGACGUUGUAACAGAAAAUAAGGACGUUGUUUUUUCUCCCUGCUGACAGCCUUACCAGAGAAGGAAGGACUUUAUACUUGUAGAUAAUACGCCUGUAAGAUAAUGAUGAUGAUGAUGAUGAUGAUAUUGUAGUGUUUAAGUUUACAUAGUGCAAGUUUCAUAUAUUAUACCUAAGAAAAUAAAGGCAACAACGAAAGCA